CGUCUACCACUCUUUUUGCAAACCUUCGCCAUUGAACACUGCAAAAAGGCUCUCUCUCUAAAAAUUUUCUACUCUUUCUCUCUCUAGAAAGUACUGUUUUGUCUUGAGUAUUUUUUCCCGUGCGAUCUUCCCUCUCCUGGCCUGUAAGGAAUGAAUGGGGUGGCGGAGGAGACUGUUUAUGAGAUAUGUAUAGUGGUUCCUAAGAGGAGUUUUGACGAAGACAAUAACGGUGACAAUUUGGGUGUGGCUCGCUUAAUUAAGGAAUUGGAGAAGUUGGGUCUGCAAGUUGAGUGUUUUCAUGGCAUUUCUGAGGUGUUUAUUAAGUUGGCUGCACGACAAGAUAUUAUUGCCAAAGCUGCUGCAGAGUUACAGAUAAAGAAACCCACUUACAUUGGUAUGGAUUUACAGUUUGAGUCAGACCAAGCUGCUGCAUUUGUGCGACAGCCUGAUGGAACCUUGUUUAGUUGGAGUGAACGCUUUUGUUGUUACAAUCACUUGAUCUAUGCAAUUGAAAACAAAACUGGAGGAACUGUAAAACUAAUGACCAAUACCAAAGAAUUUGAGUGGAGAACAGGGGAGUCUUUACUUAAAAGGAUGGAAGCUGAAGGAAUUGUUAAACAAGUCUUCCCCUUGCAUGAUGAGAAGAGGAGGAAGCAGCUCGUGAGAAACUGGGCGCUUAAUUGGUUGGAUUUCACCUCUCAACCAAUUGAUGAAGUUUACUCAUAUUUUGGUACAAAGAUUGCCACGUAUUUUGCAUUUCUAGGUAUGUACACACAGUGGCUUUUUGCUCCAGCUGCUUUUGGGCUUGUUUUGCAGUUGUGGGAUUUUGGAUCAUGGCAGCUUUUUGCACUUCCUUUCUUCUUCAUUUUCGUGAUAUCAUGGGCUGUUCUACUUUUCCAAUUCUGGAAGCGCAAGAAUUCUGCUUUGUUGACAAGAUGGCAUAUUAGCCUUUCCAAUGACUCAAUGUCAUUGGAACCUGGAUAUAAAAAGAGUAGUGAUUCAGAGUUUAGUUCCUUCAUGGAGUCUCAUGUGGAACUUGAGAAAACAAUAUGGACUGAGAAGCCCAAGGGAAUGGCCAAAGCAUUUCCAAGUGAUGAGUGGCUUGGAAAUUUCCGGAAGUUCAGGAAUAAUGCAAUUGUUAUCAUGGGUAUUGUUUGUCUCCAGUUGCCAUUUGAGUUGGCUUAUGCUCAUUUCUAUGAGGUUAUGGAUUCUGACAUAAUGAAGUUUGGAUUGACGGCCUUGUAUCUGUUGGCCAUUCAAUAUUAUACUAGGCUUGGUGGUAAGGUGUCGGUGUGUCUUAUAAAGAAUGAGGACAACAAAAGCCGGGAGUCUAGUGCUGAUAGCUUAGUUUACAAGGUUUUCGGCCUCUACUUUAUGCAGUCCUAUAUUGGUUUGUUCUAUCAUGCACUUCGUCAUCGUAACUUUAUGACACUUCGCCAAUUUUUAAUACAGCGACUAAUUGUAUCGCAGGUGUUGGAGAAUCUUGUAGAAAACUCCAUUCCUUACCUGAAGUACAGUUGUACAAAAUUCAGAGCCUCACGAAAGAGAAAACAUGAAAAAGGAUCAUCAGAAGGCAAGCCGAUGCUGCCAGUAACAAGAGUAGAGAAAGAAUACAUGAAACCCACAUAUUCUGCAAGUAUUGGGGAUGAAGUUGAAGAUGGUUUAUUUGAUGACUUUCUGGAGUUAGCCUUGCAAUUUGGAAUGAUCAUGAUGUUUGCAUGUGCAUUCCCUCUUGCAUUUUCUUUUGCAGCCCUGAACAAUAUUACAGAGAUCAGAACAGAUGCAUUGAAGUUGUUGGCCAUGUUACGGAGGCCUGUCCCACGUGCCGCGUCAACAAUUGGGGCAUGGUUAAACAUAUUUCAAUUCUUAAUCAUGAUGUCCAUUUGCACAAACUGUGCACUCCUGGUUUGCUUAUAUGAUCAAGAAGGGACAUGGAAAAUAGAACCUGGUCUUGCAGCAAUUCUCAUAAUGGAACACAUAUUGCUUCUGAUCAAAUUUGGUUUCUCUCGCGUGGUGCCCGAGGAACCGGCGUGGGUAAAGGCUAACCGCGUGAAGCACGCUCAGGUGCAGGAAAUGUGCUCCAAGCAAUUGCUCAGAAAUAUUUGCAACAGUCCUGAGAAGAAGAGAGAAUGAUUGAUUGAUUUGACGGUCGUGAUGGUCGGAUGAUCGGAAGUUACAAUGUGUGGUUUCAUUUUCUACUCAGCCAACAGCACAAAGAAAAGAUUUGGGUCAUGGGCUGAGUCUUGGUGAGAGAGCCAAAGUUUGGUCACAAAAUAGGGAGUUUGACAAUUCUGUUUCUAGGAAGAGGAUCAUGGAUAGAAUGUAGAGAGAGAGAGCCAUGGGUAGAACUUUAAAAAAAAAUAAUAAUAAAAAACUUAGAAAAAAUAAGAGAGCCAUGGGUAGAAGAUGGAGAGAUUCAAAGACAUUUUUUUUUUGUGGGCAGUUUUCAAGGUUUUCAUUUUGAAGUUUUGCAGGCUGAUCGUUUCCUUUAUCAUGAAGUCUUUUCAUUUUUUGGUAGUUGCUAAUGUUAACUGCUUACUGCUGACCACUCGAGCCAGAGGUGAUUCAGAAUCUUCCUUCAAGUCAGGCCUUCAAAGAAUUUAAAGCAAUAUUAUGGAUUGUUAUGAGGGCUCAAUCAUUUCAUCUCACCCUUUUUGGCCGGAAGUGGGAGGACGUACAGUUGGGCUGGUAAGAUGAAGCUCUGUAACAUGGGCAUGGCUUGAUUAUGAUUUAUGCACUCUUGUACACAUUAAAAAUGUUGGAUGUGAUAUUUUAGAAAUUUAGACACUUAAUAAUUCUGUUUUUAGCAGUUUUAUUUGAACUCUUAUUAUAGGGUUCAUUAUCAAAAAUUGCAUUUUUUUUAACAAA